AUGGAAACUUUUUCCCUUUGUCCAAAAGAGAAUCCAGCACGUACUUUUGGAAACCCCGUUGAAAUGAUUUUUCCACCCUACAGCACCGAUUACAUCUCUACUUGUGCAAUAGAAUCUUCAGAGGGCUUUUUGAGGCCUGUGGAAGGAGAGUCGCACCAUCAACGCGCCUCUUCUGAUAGUUUUCUGGUUGAGCAAUUAUCUUGGCUUGAUGAUCUCCUGGAUGAGCCAGACUUGCCUUUGUACAAAAGUCAUCGACGUUCAUCAAGUGACUCUGUUGCUUUCCCGGACACGGCAAGCAAGACAUUUAGGAAAGAGGAAACCAUGCUCAAAACUAGUGCUGCAGCUGGUGGACCUACUUGGGAAUUUCACACCAUUAAUUAUCAUGAAAAUUCUUGGAAAACUAGCUUUCAUUCAGGUUCUACUCCUGACAAGGAAAAGAAUAAGUCCAGGGAAUCACCCCUGAUUUCUGUGACCAGCAGUUUCAGUGGAGUUGUGCCUUCAACGGAUAGCAUUACUCUUCAAGACUUUGCUCCACAAGAACCAGCUGGAGUAGGUUUGCCAUCGAAACCUAUUGUCAAGCAAAAUCAAGAUGACUCAGAAGUCUCAUCUAAUGUUAAUCAUAAUCCUUCUAAAUCAAAAACGGAUUCCAAACGUGCUAAGCAGCAAUUCGCUCAGCGUUCACGUUUGAGAAAACUUCAGUAUAUAGCUCAACUUGAAAGAAGUGUCCAAAUAUUAGAGGCUGAAGGAUCUCAAGUUUCAGCCAAUCUUGAAUAUCUAUACCGAAAAAGUCUCAUACUCGGCAUGGAAAAUCAAGCCUUGAGGCAACGUUUGGAUAGUUUAUCACAGGAACAACUCGCAAAAUACCGAUAUGCUAGAGAAAGAAAUAGCAAGGCUUACGUUUUUAUACCAUCAAAAACAGCAGCAAGAGCAAUGGCCGCGACAGCAGAAGCAAAAGCAAAAUGA